AUGGGUCCGCCGAUCGCAUUUGUGGCGGACUCGAAGCACGGCUGUACGGUCGGCUUGGGCUGUGAUGUAGCGUGCAAUAAUCCGAUUGAUAUGUUUCAGCAGAUGCGGCUGCUGCUGCAGGCGCAGCGCGAUAGAGAGCAUACGGCAUGUGAGGGCGUGCCAACUGCGAUGUCAAGGUCGUGUGCGGAGGUGCUGAGACUGGCGACGCUAGGGGGCGCUGAGGCGAUGGGAUUAGGUGAUGUGGUGGGGAGCAUUAAGGUGGGCAAGCGGGCGGAUUUGGUGCUUACGAAGUGUACGUCGAUGAGGUUGACGCCGGUGCAUGACCCGGUAAGGGCGCUGGUGCUGUACGCGAGUGUGGCGGACGUGGAUAUUGUGUUGGUAGAUGGAGUAGUAAGGAAGCAGGCUGGGGAGUUGGUCGGUUUUGAGUGGCCGAGCCUGAGAAAGAGACUUGUUGCGUCCUCGGACGCUAUCAUGGAGCGAGCGAAAAAGGCACCACUGGAGGAGAUCAGGCAUCGGAUUUUGACAGAGCGGUCGAAGUGGCUGGACCAAAAUCUGUCGGAUGUGGAGAAGGCCAGGCUUGGUGCUGCGCCGACAGCAGCCAAUGGUGGAUGA